UCUCUCUCUACUCAUUCAAAAACACCCUCUAAAAAAAAAAAAUUCACUCUCGCAACACAACAAAAACCCUAAUUUCACUCUCCUGAUCACUGCUGCGGGGAUAGCAGAUGGUGGGGGUUGAUGUUCAGGAUCCUCUUCUUGGAGAAACUACUUGUAAUUCUUUGCUGUUUCAGUUGCAGAAAAUAUGGGACGAGGUUGGUGAAAGUGACGAGGAAAGAGAUAAGAUGCUUCUUCAGUUAGAGCAGGAGUGCUUGAAUGUGUAUAAGAGGAAAGUGGAACAGGCUGCAAAGUCAAGGGCACGCCUUCUUCAUUCACUUGCUGAUGCCAAACUUGAAUUAUCCUCUCUUCUUGCAUCACUUGGAGAAAAAUCAUUUGUUAGCAUUCCUGAGAAGACUUCAGGAACUAUCAAGGAACAACUUGCUGCUAUUGCACCAGCUCUGGAACAGUUGUUGAAACAAAAGGAGGAGAGGGUAAAGGAGUUUUCAAAAGUGCAGGCACAAAUAGAAAAGAUUUGUGGAGAUAUUGCUGGGAGUAAUGAGCAUGAAAGAAGUCUUGUAGUUGACGAGUCUGAUCUAACGUUGAAGAAGCUAGAAGAAGUUCAAGAUCAUUUACAAGAACUUCAGAAAGAAAAGAGCCAGAGACUGAACAAGGUUCAUGAAUUUGUGACCAUCGUACAUGAUAUAUGCUCUGUCCUUGGGACUGAUUUCCACAGUACAAUCAUGGAUGUCCAUCCCAGCCUGAAUGAUGCCACUGGUGUACAAUCUAAAAGUAUAAGCAAUGACACACUUGCCGGACUGGCAAAGACUCUCAUUGCUUUAAAAGAAGCUAAGAAGCAAAGGCUACAGAAGCUUCAAGAAUUAGCAGCUCAACUAAUUGAACUUUGGGAUUUGAUGGAUGCAUCUAAAGAAGAGAGGAGCUUGUUUGAUCAUGUUAUAUGUUACAAAUCAGCUUCAGUUGAUGAAAUGACUGUCCAGGGGGCACUUGCUCUGGAUCUAAUUAAGCAGGCUGAGGUGGAAGUUGAAAGGCUCGAUCAGUUGAAAGCUAGCAGAAUGAAAGAGAUUGCUCUUAAGAGGCAAUCAGAGCUUGAAGAGAUCUUUGCACGUGCACAUAUAGAGAUAGACACAAAGGCUGCCAGGGAGAAAAUUUUGGCUUUGAUCGAUUCGGGGAAUUUGGAGCCUUCUGAGUUACUCGCGGACAUGGAUGCUCAAAUCAGUAAAGCAAAAGAAGAAGCUUUGAGUAGAAAAGACAUACUGGAUAAGAUCGAGAAGUGGAUGUCAGCUUGUGAAGAAGAGAGUUGGCUUGAGGAUUACAACAGGGAUGACAAUAGGUACAGCGGAAGCAGAGGUGCACACUUAAAUCUCAAACGAGCAGAGAAGGCCAGAAUUUUGGUCAGUAAAAUCCCAGGUCUUGUGGACACGCUGGUUGCUAAAACUCGAGCAUGGGAAGAGGAACAUGUACUGAGUUUCACUUAUGACGGUGUUCCACUACUUGCUAUGCUAGACGAAUAUGCAGUACUGAGGCAUGCCAAAGAAGAAGAAAAGAGAAGGAUGAGGGAUCAGAAGAAAUUCCAGGAACAGAUGAACUCAGAGCAAGAAGCCAUAUUCGGUGCAAAACCAAGCCCAGCUCGGCCUCUUAGUAGCUCAAAGAAAGUGAUGGGCCCACGUGUAAAUGGGGGAUGGAGUGGAGCUGUUAAUAAACGGCUAUCCAUGAAUCCGGGUGCUGCUAAAUCGGUGAGCAAAGAUGGAAAGAGGGAGAAAACGAGGCCUGUAGCUCCUGUGAACUAUGUGGCUAUAAUGAAAGACGAUACAGCAUAGAAGAGUUUAGUGAAAUAUAUAAUAUGUUCUCAUGCUUGGCUCUGUGGUUCCGUGCAAAUAUCAGCAGCUUUGAAAAGGGGAAAUACAUGAAUAACUUUUGGUGGGUAAUAUUUGGUAUCUAGUAGUUUAGUUACUGCCUGCCUGCAUAGUGUUUUUUUUUUAAUUCUAACAGUUGACGAAUUUUCACCGUAGAGACGAGUAACGGUUUGAAGUCAUGAUUACAUGACAAUAUAAUAUAAUAUAAUGGGUAACUUACUACUAGUUUUAUA